AUGGCUGUUUUCGAUCAAACAGAUGCAAGUCGUACUACCACAGAUGUUGAAAUUGUUGUCAAUCCUAUGUUGGAUCCCAGCGAUCCUCUCUACUUACACCCAUCGGACAAUCCUGGAGCUAUGCUAGUUAGUGUAGCUUUCAGUGGAAUUAGAUAUAGGUCUUGGAAACGUGCAGUUUUGCGUGGUCUUUCUGUUAAAAACAAAACUGGUUUCAUUAGCGGAGAAUGUAAACGUCCUGAUCCUCAAUCACCAAAAUUUCGACAAUGGGACCGGUGUGAUGAUAUGGAAACCUCGUGGAUUCUGAAUUCACUCUCAGAGGAGAUAGCAUAUAGUGUAGAAUAUGCUAGUGAUGUUGUUGAAUUAUGGAAGGAAUUGGAAGAUCGAUAUGACCAAACUAAUGGUGCGAGAUUGUAUCAAAUUCAAAAGGAAAUCAAUGACUUGUCUCAAGGAGUUCUAAACAUAACUGGUUACUACACUAAAUUGAAGAAACUCUGGGAAGAAAUGAGUACUCUGAGUGCAAAAAAAUAG